AUGUCUCGCCUCAGGUGUCUUAGGGAUAUUACGAAGGAAUCGUUCUUUUUAAUCCACGGGUGUCCUUUAGAUUUUUUAUUGUCAAAGUGGUGCGACAACCCUUUGGUCUACACUGUUUGGUCAACACUUUGCUCUGUUUACACAGUGGCACUGGUCAUAUACACUUCGUUUGCCAGCGGAUACGGCAUAAAGAUCCUCAUAUGGUUGACGUACUGGGCAUUCUACAGUGUAACCUUGCGAUUUAUAAUCACAGCCUGGAACUGUUGGCAGUUUGUUCUGAACGACAAGACACUUUACAGUGCAAUGAUACCUUGCCACUUACCAGGCAGGGCAAACAACACAAACGGCAACCAUCUGGGUAACGACAGUGAGCUGGUUAUGCCAAACUGUGGUAUGGCCGAAACGAAUAUAUCUUGCGAAGAACGACAAAUCAGCGAUAACAAAGACGACAAAGUCGAAACACAUGUAACAGUAUGUAGCGACGAGCACGGGCAAGAUCAGCCAGACGGCCUUUCUGCAAUGCUGAGGUGUCAGUGGUUCCUUCAGAACAUUUCCAACUCGGCAUCCAUUCUAGUGACAGUCUUAUUUUGGGCGCUCGUUUAUACAGGUGAUACUCAAAAUUACGCCAGCAUUAAUUCUCAUGUGAUCAAUUCCUUGCUUGUGAUUGGAGACAUCAUGAUCAGCCGGGCACCAAUCAGAAUCCAGCACCUACACAUACCUUUCAUAUACCUUGCAAUCUACAUUACGUUCACCCUUAUCUACUGGGCAGCCGGAGGCACAAAUCAUAAAGGAGAGUAUUUUAUUUACGGGGUUCUAGACUACUCCAAACGUGUUAAAACUGCUGUGGUGGCUAUAUGCUUAAUUGCACUGUUAGGCCUGCUAAUAACACAGAUGUUUCUCUAUUUUCUUCAUCGCCUGCGGAACUGUUUAUACUCAUGGGGAAAAACUGGCAAAUUUAUCUUCUAG